CAUUAAUGGGCUUUCAAAUGACCUCGCCAGCCCGGCGCCGUUUAAUGCGGGACUUUAAACGACUGCAGGAUGAUCCACCAACUGGUGUUUCGGGCGCACCCAAUGAGAACAAUAUCAUGAUGUGGAAUGCCGUCAUAUUCGGACCCAACGAGACCCCAUUCGAGGAUGGCACAUUUAAGCUUGUGAUUGAAUUCACCGAAGAGUAUCCAAACAAGCCGCCGCAUGUGCGCUUCAUAUCAAAAAUAUUUCAUCCGAAUGUGUAUGCGGAUGGCGGUAUUUGUUUGGACAUACUACAGGGUCGUUGGAGUCCCACCUAUGAUGUGUCUUCGAUUUUGACCUCCAUACAGUCACUGCUUUGCGAUCCGAACCCCAAUUCUCCGGCGAACUCCACGGCCGCCCAACUCUUCAAGGAAAAUCGCCGCGAGUAUGAGAAGCGCGUGCGCGCCUGCGUAGAGCAAAGCUUUGCCGAAUAGAGAGCCAAGUACAGUGCAUACAUAAAAGACAUAUAGAAGUGCUGGAAAGACAAAACUAACUAACUCACGCACGCAUUUUAGCCAAAUGCUGAAACGAUAAAAGGAUUAAAUUCCUAAUACAACACAACACAAAGAGAGAGAGAGAGAGGCACCCGAAACCAGUGUGCAUUAUAAUUGUUAUAUUGUUAAAUAAAAAGAAACUGCAUUUCGGCAGCUUUGGUUCCCAUACA